CGUCAUGCACUUGCACAGUGUGGCCGGAACGGUUUUCUAUGUGACACCGGAAGUACUCCUGAAUCAUCCCGGCGAGCAUUUUGGAAGCACUAGCACUCUUAGCGCUUUAUUCGGCGAAUGUCCAUAUAAGUUAAAGUUAUAUCUUAAGUCAUCCGUCAAAAUGCUAAUUAAAGUGAAGACUCUGACUGGGAAAGAAAUAGAGAUCGACAUCGAGCCCACGGAUAAGGUGGAGCGAAUUAAAGAACGGGUGGAGGAAAAGGAAGGGAUCCCGCCCCAACAACAAAGACUUAUCUACAGCGGAAAACAGAUGAACGACGAGAAGACGGCAGCGGACUACAAAAUCCAGGGCGGCUCGGUGCUCCACCUGGUGUUGGCGCUAAGAGGAGGGACGGCCACCCACGUCGUUCCGUCAUGAGCGCCGUAGGUGUCCUAUCAUAUAAACGCGUUAAGACAAAAACAAACAACACCGAGAAGAAGAAAGAAAAAAAAAAAGGAUGUUUUUGUAACCCGUAUUGGCUUUCUGGGUUGGACUCGUCAGUUUGACAAAUGUGCGCUUUAUUGCUUGUGAAUAAAUGCUGAAGUGGAGCUUUGUAUGGUUCCUCUAAGGCACUGUUCCCACCAGGGACCGCAUAGUGCCAGAUAAACACAGCAAAAUGAAGUGCAUGACAAAUACAACUCACUAUAACGCUGAAUUAGUGGUUCUUUGCAAUGUUCAUUAAAGUGCAUUGUAUCAUGUCACAAAGUUAUAACACAUGGCAAUUUCCUAUGAGGAGUUUUAUUAUACAUCUAUAAACAAUCUUAUUGCUGUGUCGAGUGCACACGUGUCAAACUCUAGGCCCUACAACUCAUUUUAUAUGGCCCGCAAAAGCCUGGAAAUAUGUCAAUAAAAUACUAGAGAUGUCCGAUAA